GUCUCAAUAUGAGUAGAGCUUCUUGAGCUUUAAAUCUGAGGGGAACUCAACAGGCCUGGUUGGCAUAUGCAAUGAACAUCAAGAAACCAUCUUGCUGUGGAAGCAUAAUUAUUUUUCUUCUCCCUUUUUGAAAGAUCUUUCCUUUGAGGCCAGUUUUCUUCCUUGUUUACACAAAUUCAACAAUUCAAAAGGAAAAGGCAAUAGUAAGGGUUUCAAAAUGGCAGAGAAAUUUGAAAGUCUUAUGAACAUUCAUGGUUUUGAUCUGGGCUCUAGGUAUAUGGACUUAAAACCAUUGGGUUGUGGAGGCAAUGACUUGGUUUAUUCUGCUGUAGACAAUGACUGUGACAAAAGAGUAGCCAUCAAGCAAAUUGUCCUUACUUAUCCCCAGAGUGUCAAACAUGCUCUCUGUGAAAUCAAAAUUAUUAGAAGACUUGACCAUGAUAACAUUGUGAAAGUGUUUGAAAUUCUUGGUCCCAGUGGAAGCCAGUUAACAGAUGAUGUGGGCUCUCUUACUGAACUGAACAGUGUUUACAUUGUUCAGGAGUACAUGGAGACAGACUUGGCUAAUGUGCUGGAGCAGGGCCCUUUACUGGAAGAGAAUGCCAGGCUUUUCAUGUAUCAGCUGCUAUGUGGGCUCAAGUGUAUUCACUCUGCAAAUGUACUGCACAGAGAUCUCAAACCAGCUAAUCUUUUCAUUAAUACUGAAGACUUGGUGCUGAAGAUAGGUGACUUUGAUCUUGCAUGGAUCAUGGAUCCUCAUUAUUCUCACAAGGGUCAUUUUUCUGAAGGUUUGGUUACUAAAUGGUACAGAUCUCCACGUCUUUUACUUUCUCCUAAUAACUAUACUAAAGCCAUUGACAUGUGGGCUGCAGGCUGCAUCUUUGCUGAAAUGCUGACUGGUAAAACCCUCUUUGCAGGUGCACAUGAACUUGAACAGAUGCAACUGAUUUUAGAAUCUAUUCCUGUUGUACAUGAGGAAGAUUGGCAGGAGCUUCUCAGUGUAAUUCUAGUUUACAUUAGAAAUGACAUGACUGAGCCCCACAAAACUUUAACUCAGCUGCUUCCAGGAAUUAGUCAAGAAGCACUGGAUUUCCUGGAACAAAUUUUGACAUUUAGCCCCAUGGAUCAGUUGACAGCAGAGGAAGCACUCUCUCAUCCUUACAUGAGUAUAUAUUCUUUUCCAAUGGAUGAGCCAAUUUCAAGCCAUCCUUUUCACAUCAAAGAUGAAGUUGAUGAUAUUUUGCUUAUGGAUGAAUCUCACAAUCACAUUUAUAACUGGGAAAGGUAUUAUGAUUGUCAGUUUUUAGAGCAUGAUUGGCCUAUACGUAACAACUUUGAUAUUGAUGAAGUUCAGCUUGACCCAAGAGCUCUAUCUGAUGUCACUGAUGAAGAAGUACAAGUUGAUCCUUGAAAAUAUUUGGAUGGAGAUAGAGAAAAGUAUCUGGAGGAUCCUGCUUUUGAUACCAAUUACUCUACUGAACCUUGUUGGCAGUACCCAGAUCAUCAUGAAAACAAAUAUUGUGAUCUAGAGUGCAGCCAUACUUGUAACUACAAAACAAGGUCAUCAUCAUAUUUAGAUAAUUUAGUUUGGAGAGAGAGUGAAGUUAAUCAUUAUUAUGAACCCAAACUUAUUAUAGAUCUUUCCAAUUGGAAAUAACAAAGCAAAGAAAAAUCUGAUAAGAAAGGCAAGUCAAAAUGUGAAAGGAAUGUAUUGGUUAAAGCCCAGAUAGUGCUAGAGGAAGCAUCACAGCAACUGGCUGAAAGAGAAAGGGAAAAGAAUCAGGGAUUUGAUUUUGAUUCCUUUAUUGCAGGAACUAUUCAACUAAGUUCACAACAUGAGCCUACUGAUGUUGUUGAUAAAUUAAAUGACUUGAAUAGCUCAGUGUCCCAGCUAGAGUUCAAAAGUUUGAUAUCAAAGUCAGUAAGCCAAGAAAAACAGGAAAAAGGAAUGGUAAAUUUGGCUCAGUUAGAAGAAGCCUUGUACCAAUCUUCUUGGGAUAGCCAGUUUGUGAGUGGUAGUGAGGAAUGUUUUCUCAUCAAUCAGUUUUGUUGUGAGGUGAGUAAGGAUGAACAGGUUGAGAAGAAAAACACUUACACCAGUUAUUUGGACAAGUUCUUUAGCAGGAAAGAAGAUACUGAAAUGCUAGAAACUGAGCCAGUAGAGGAUGGGAAGCUUGGGGAGAGAGGAAAUGAAGAAGGAUUUCUGAACAACAGUGGGGAGUUCCUUUUUAGCAAGCAGCUUGAAUCCAUAGACAUCCCACAGUUUCAUAGUCCAGUGGGGUCACCACUGAAGUCAAUCCAGGCCUUAACACCUUCUGCUAUGAAAUCUUCCCCUCAAAUUCCUCAUAAAACAUACAGCAGCAUUCUGAAACAUCUGAACUAA